CUUUCAUUUCCGGUUAAUUUUAGACCGCAUCAAAAUUAAUUUGCAGAAUGGGGAAGAAAGUAAGCCCUGUCAAAGAUUUUAUAGCUGGUGGAGUCGGUGGAGUAUGUCUCGUUUUCACUGGACAACCACUGGAUACCAUAAAGGUACGACUUCAAACCAUGCCAAGACCAAAACCUGGAGAAGCACCUCUUUAUAAAGGCACGAUAGACUGUGCUACAAUAACUAUAAAGAAAGAGGGUAUCAAAGGUUUAUACAAAGGCAUGGCAGCUCCAUUAGCUGGAGUGUCACCUAUGUUUGCUGUUUGUUUCUUAGGUUUUGGUAUUGGUAAAAAACUUCAACAAAAGCACCCUACAGAUGACCUUACAUAUCCACAGUUGUUUAAAGCUGGUAUGUUAUCAGGGGUAUUUACCACAGCUAUAAUGGCACCUGGUGAAAGAAUCAAAUGUUUAUUACAGAUUCAAGCAGAUUCCCAUAAAAAGAUGUAUAAUGGUCCAUUGGACUGUGCUAAGAAGCUUUAUAAGGAAGGUGGUAUCAGAAGUGUUUACAGAGGCACUGGUGCCACAUUACUUAGAGAUGUACCUGCCAGUGGAAUGUACUUUAUGACUUAUGAAUGGUUACAACAUACACUAACUCCUGCAGGACAUGAUCGUACAGAAAUGAGUGUUGGUAGAACAUUAUUUGCUGGUGGUAUGGCUGGAAUUUUUAACUGGGCUGUAGCGCUUCCUCAGGAUGUUUUAAAAUCAAGAUACCAAACAGCUCCUCAUGGUAAAUAUCCAAAUGGGAUUAGGGAUGUAUUUAAACAGCUGAUGAAAGAAGAAGGAUUUUUAUCUCUGUAUCGUGGUGCAGCACCAGUUUUUCUCAGAGCUUUUCCAGCAAAUGCUGCGUGUUUCUUUGGAUAUGAGUUGACAAUGAAGUUCUUGUACUGGUUGCAACCUGGAGUUUGAUGAUAAUAUUGUUAUAGGAUGUACUAGUUAUCACCAGGAGCUGGAUAAUAAUAUUAAAAUAAGAUGUGCCUGUAGUAAUUUAUUUCUCAGAAACACUAAUUUUGUUGUGAGAUGAAAAUCAAAGCUCAUUUAUACUUUUAUAAAGAGUAUAUUUUGAGUUUGUAUAAACAUGAUUCCAAUCCAAUUAUCUGUUUACAAUUAUACUUAUUUAUAUUAAAUGAUUAUGAAUGUUGAAAUGAAGUACUAAUAUUUUAAAAUGUAGCACCAUUCAGAAAACAAGUGGGAGGAUGAAUUAUGAAUUCCUUUUUUCUACCAUUAAAAUUGCAAUUGUUAUCCCAUCAGCAAGUUGUUUCUACAAAAAUUAAAUUUUAAAUUUCAUAAAAAUAAGUAUGCAAAUUGUAAACUCUAAAAAUAUUAAAAGAUUGCCUUGGUGUUGGUGAUAGUUAAAAAAAAGUAUUUAUGAAAAAAGAGUGAAUACCAUGCAUGCUAAAUUAUUUAAUUUAACACUAUAAUUUUAAAAGGAGGGGAUGGUGUUGCCUUUAUAAGACCCAUCUUAUUCUAGUAUGUCUAUAAACUAUAGAAACACAUUUUGUUAUUAAUGUUGAUGUGUCUAUUUACACAGCAAGUAUCACAAAUAUUUUUUUUUACAAAAAUAAAUAUAUACAUGUA